UACAUUAGUGCAAGCUCACGGAAACAGAGGAAAACAAAGGACUGCUCAGCUGCGGUAGUGUAUAAUUUGUUGAUUUCUGGAUUUGUUAGAUACUGUGUUGAACUAGCUAACUAUUGUUGUUAAGACGAAGCCUUUUUCCGUGCUAUAUAUGGUACAUUUCUGUUGUACUUAUGGAUUUGUAUGGAGGCAUAUGUUGCCUAUUGCAGAUUGUUUGUCCCUCAUACAAAUCGGUCAUCUCCUUCUUUUGCACUUUUGAGUUCAGCUAUCCCUCGAGAUGGCAGAUAAGAACUGUCUGUUAUUCUUGUUCAUAACACUCUGUACGGCCAUUACAUGUGAUGGGAGUGUAUCCCUAUCUGCUCCAGCCACUGUAAAUCUGGAGGAGAAAAGUUUAGCCAAUAUCACCAUAACGCCUAGCUCUCCUCAGAAUGUCUCAACACUCAUUAUUUUUAACUUCACCGACUCCUCUGCAAAUGUUACCUCAAUACUUCAACUGCCUCAACAGGUAGAGUUGCCUGCAAACGCCACAUCAAGCACUUUUGAGGUUCAUGCAGAACAUGUGGGUCAGGUGACAGCCUAUUUAUACAGCAACAACACUGGCAUUGCAAGCCAUAAGACCCGAAUCCGUUUCUUGGUUAUUAGAAGCAACACUGUUGAUAUCAUUACCCAAGUAAUUGGUUGGAUUUACUUCCUAGCAUGGUCUAUAUCAUUCUACCCUCAAGUAUAUGAGAACUGGAGAAGAAAAAGUGUGGUGGGGCUGAACUUUGAUUUUCUGGCACUCAACUUGACAGGAUUCAUUGCCUACAGUGUCUUCAAUGUAGGCCUCUUCUGGGUUCCGUACAUGAAGGAAGAGUUUUUGAAGAUAAAUCCAAAUGGUGUAAACCCAGUGGAUGCCAACGAUGUGUUCUUCAGUCUCCAUGCAGUUGUGCUGACUCUUGUAUAUGUCUCUCAGUGUGCCAUCUAUGAAAGAGGAGGGCAGAUGGUGUCCAAGAUUGCUAUUGGCCUUCUGGUGAUUGGUUGGACGUUUGCCCUGGUCACCCUCUUUGUUGCUGUGGCCAGUAAGAUCACCUGGCUGGAAUAUCUCUACUAUUUCUCUUACAUCAAGCUAGGUGUCACCCUCGUCAAAUACAUCCCACAGGUCUACAUGAACUACCAAAGACAAAGCACAGAGGGGUGGAGCAUAGGCAAUGUGUUGCUGGACUUCACAGGAGGCAGCUUCAGUCUCAUUCAGAUGUUCCUUCAGUCGUAUAACAACGAUGAAUGGAAGCUCAUCUUUGGGGACCCCACAAAGGCAGGACUUGGCUUGUUCUCCAUAUUCUUUGAUGUGGUGUUCAUCAUUCAGCAUUACUGUCUGUACAGACAUAAAACACAUUAUGAGCUUGUGGUUGACCAGGAAUAGGCUAAUUGUCUUUUACUGUUUACCUCUGCCAGUGAGUCCAAAUGAUUUACUGAAGGACUAAUAUAAGGGCUUUAUUCUAUGUAGUGUUCCCAGUCAUUGAAUGGGAAGCUAUUUAGACACGGGGGCCAUACUUCCUCGUCUCAAAAUGCAUCAGCCAAUUAAAAUAUUUGGUGUAGUUGCACGUGAUCAAACACUAUUGGUACUUUCAAGACAACUGGGAACUCUGGGGGUUGGGGGGAAUGAGGUUGAAUCAUGACAUCAGUGAUCAAUCUACAGGUCGGAAAGUCAAAGCUCUAGAAAGAGGCUAGAGUUCCCGACUUGGAAUUCCGAGUUUGAAGACUGCUCAAAAUAUAUUUCCCCAGUCGUAGAUAGCCCCCCAGUUCGCAGUUGUAUUGAAUGCUCGGAAGUGUCCGAUUUUCCAGGUUGCGGUUGUUUUGAACGCGGCAUUAAUGUUCCCUUCAGAUAACCUGUCAGAUUUAGGCUGCUUUCCAAACACUUAAAAGACACACCCUCAGCCCUCAAAUUAAGUGGACACUUCUGAUGACGUAUUAUUACGUCUGAUGAGUUGACACUUGCAGGGCAAGGGAAGAAUGAAUUAAUUUGAAAUGGACUGCUCUUGCCAGGAAAUGUGUCACUCGUUCAUCCCACGGUUGUGUUUUCAGUCAUCAUGGAACUGUUGCGUGUGCCUUUAUAUGCUCUACAGUCCUCCGCAGACAUUGAAUGUUAGCCUUCCUACUAUAUCCGGAAAUUACAAUGUAUAAGUGUGAUGUCAGGGAAAGUUAUAUGCGCAAGCAAACGUUUCCAAAAGCCAACCAAACAAAAACAUCAUGACUUUUAUGAUGUGUUUGAGCCGUCAUGUGCAUUAGUAUCACAAUUUCUAACUUAUUUACAUUUGUUUCUACUUACACUUGUAUGUUGACUUCUCCAUAUAAUGUUGGUUUUAAGUUUUGGCUUACUUUUCUUAGUGGAUGUACAAUCAUCGCAAAUUGAAUAUGGGGCUUUUCAAGCCCUGGAGUGAACAUAAUUGUAAACUCUAUCAAAAGCGAGGGCAGAAGGGCUUACGUUGCCAACUUCCCUUGCUUAGCUAAUCAUUUGGACCGACGACAAAGGAGGCUGCCGUGGUUCCCCCAAUUUAGAUAAAGGUUACAUUUAAAAAAUAAUAAUAAUUUAACGUGCAUAAGUGGUGGAGGGUGUUUAUUUUAUGGGUUUGAAAUGCAACCUUAGCCUUUUGCUAACUUGCAUAGCAGGCCCGCGAUCAUAUCUGGUUCAAAUGCUGUAUCGAUCAAUUAAAAUCGUUGACGUAGUUGGACCUGAUCCAACACGUUUUGAUGAAAGUGUCCUUAACAAAAGUCCAAUGACACGUUCUGAUAAUCAAAGCAACUAGAUCACGUGUGUUUGACUGACUGACUGGUCAAACACACGUGCUAACUCCAUGUAAUUGUUGCAGAUUGUGGCAAGGGUUUGAAUCUCAUGAGUUUAUUUUCCCCCUUUUGAAAUGCAGAAUUACUUUUUGUGUCAGUGUGUUGAGAAGUGUAGCCAAAACCAUGUGAAUGAAGAUUACGCAUACAUUUAAUGAGGAGUUUAUUGUUGGAGUCGCUCUUGCAGACCGACACAGGCUACUGGCACUGCUACAUAAAUAAUCGUCACUUCUAUAAACUAUAUUACAUAGAUGUUAGUGCUGUGCGAUUUUUAACCGGCAUCGGUUCAAUUAUUUGAAUUCUAUUUCUUUCCGUUUUAUUUCUGUGAACUAGAUGUAACGUUUCUAUACAGAUAUAUUAGAUCAUGCAUUUCCAACAGUCCAGUAUUCUACAUAGUUUAGUGCAGAAAACGUGGUGAUUAAUUACAAUGAGAAUAAUCCAUUGUGUGCCAGUUUAAACUUGUCUGGUCUGUCCUGAGCAAGGCAAUGGGGUGCGUUCGUAAAUUCAUUUUUGCUAUCUACACUGAUUUCAGAGCACUCUCGUUUGAGUGUGCCAGAGUGCAGAAUAACUGAUAUAAUUUACGAAUGCGCAAUACCCGUUGAAAUUGAAAGGUGUCAGUAAAGGUUGGGGGAAAAAACGCAAAUAAAUUGUUGCGAGCAGCACAGUUAGUCACUAAUGCUC